CACACCAGAGCGUCAGCAGUGAAAAUGUAGUGAACGUGCGUUAGUAGAAUUACGCUGAAGAAGAGUGCACAGUCAUGAAAGUGUUUGUAAACAACCACACACAAGGCACUCUUUCUUUCCAUAUUUUUGCCACCUGAGUCGGGACUGUCAUGCCACUUCGCUCCACAUGUUGAGGACAGUGUUAAACCCCUGAAGCUACUGGACUGUGCAGUCUACAGGAUGAUUGCUCAAACAGAACUCUCAGAAUCAAGCCGAACAUCUGAGCGUCUUCUCCAUGGAAGUACAGUACUAGCUUAAGGUCUUCUUUGCUACUCCAACCAGGCACGAGUUCACGAAGCAGACACGAUGCCGUGGCCUUUUUCAGAGUCCAUUAAAAAGCGGGCCUGUAGGUACCUGCUGCAUCGGUACUUGGGCAAUUUCCUCCAAGAAAAACUGAGUUUGGACCAGCUUAGUGUGGACCUCUACCAAGGCAAAGGUUCACUUGCACAAGUGCCACUGGACAAAUGGUCACUGAAUGAGAUUCUGGAAUCGGUGGAUGCUCCAUUUGAAGUGAUUGAGGGCUUCAUCCAGGCCAUUUCCCUCACUGUACCAUGGGCCUCAUUGCUUCAAGACAACUGUGCUCUGGAAGUCAAAGGCUUGGAAAUGGUUUUCAGACCAAGGCCUCGCAUGACCUCUGGUAUGGAGCCUAUGUACUGGUCUAGCUUCAUGACUAGCAGUAUGCAGCUGGCAAAGGAAUGUCUGAGUCAGAGACUAACCGAUGACCUUGGAGAGGGUUUCCAACCUCUGGAGGGUCUAGAGAAAUUUGCUGAGACAAUAGAGACGGUUUUGAGAAGAGUCAGGGUCACAUUUUUGGAUACAGUCCUCAAGAUUGAACACGUUCCAGAAAAUUCCAAAACAGGGAUCGCCCUGGAAAUCAGAAUCAAAAGGAUGAUUUACUGUGAUGAAGCUGCUGAAGAGGGUUCAAGUGUAAACAUUCACCAGCCCACCACAUUUGCACACAAAAACCUGACAUUGGAGGGUGCAAAUGUUUUCUGGGAUGAGUUUUCUGAGACCUCCCGUGCCAGUGUCAAAUCAUCCCCCACUCAGUCGGAAACUGAGCCUAAGUUAUCCCCAAGCUGGAAUCCAAAAAUUAUCUGUGAGCCCCACCCACAGUUCACAGAGCCUGUAUGUGCCAGCACACCUUUUGAACCCGUGCAGGUGGGCUGCCUUAGUGGCAGGCUGGAGCUGUCCCUGGUCCUGAAGCAGAAUGAAGCCAUGCCUGGAGCCAAGCUGGACAUUGAAGGACAGAUUGAUUCAUUGAUCAUGCUGCUUUCACCACGACAAGUCCACCUGCUACUGGAUAUGUUUGGAGUGUUCUCUAGCUCGGCAGCGGGGCAGAAAUGGUCUGGCUUGGCUAAGGACAGAAAGAGUCGUCCCAUGCAGCAGGAAGAUGAGUACCGUCUCCACAUGGAGCUUAACCGCUGCUUAAAAAAGGAGCCAAUGACUGCUGGUACUGAACAGGAUUUAUUUGAGAGCCAGACCACCAGGACAGUGUCAAGCAGAGCAGAAGAUGUAUUUUUCUCCAUGGCUGACAUGGAUAUGUCGCACAGCCUAUCAUCUCUGCCCCCUCUUGGAGACCCACCCACUGUAGACCUUGAUCUGUCUCUUAACAGCAACUACUCCACAUCUCUGGGGGAGUCACCCUCUGGCAAUGCAGCUACUGUGUGGGAUGAGUACCUGGAUAUGCCUAAACAAAAGGAGAAACAAAGUCAGGAAACACCAUUGUUCUCUAGAGACCCUCAGUGCCCACAUAACCUGCCCAGACAGACCUCUCAUUCAUCUAAGGGCCAUUGUGACGAGUCCAGGCCUGAGCUGGUUUUCAGGCUGACGGUGGGCAAUCUCUGCCUAUCUGUGCUGCACAUCGAUCCUCUCCCACCCCCAGACUCCACUCUCAGCCCUCUUGCACCAAUGGCCUCUGAAUUUUUCCACAUGAUGGCUAAUGAUCAGCUACAUCUCAGAGGGUUCCUCCAAGCACGAGCUGUUUUUGAUCAGGCUUGCCCGCAUGACCACCUCAGGUUCAUAGGUCAGGGGUUAAAGGUGACGUACGAGCAAUGCCAGGGCUCCAGUGUGCGCACCCUCAGCACGGAUCUGUCCCUCAGGUGUAUGGAGUUGCUUGAAUGCCUCUACUCCACAGAGAAUCGCAGAAGCGCUGUGCAGAGUGGAGUGCAGUACACAGAGCUCUUAACAUUUGAUGUCACUACCAGCUGUGAUUCCUCAACCUGCCUUCAUUUGUUCUACAAGUUAACAGAACGCAGAGGUCCACAGGGUGGACAGGUACGUCUGAGUGCCAUGCCCCGUAAAGCAGAGUUUCGGGUGGAGCUGGGUAAGGCUCGCUCAGAGUGUGACAUCAGCAUCGUGGACCGCCUCCACUCCCUGCUUCAGCCCCAGAAACUGGCCACCACUGAAACCAUGGCCUCUCACAUGUACACAUCUUAUAACAAGCAUGUUAGCCUACACAAGGCUUUUGCAGAGGUCUUUCUGGAAGAUAGCCGCAGUCCUGUGCACUGUUUGGUGGCAGUGUCUGUGAACGCUCCUCACCUUGUGCUAGUGGUACGCUUCCCCAUCCCAGACCUGCGCUCGGACCAGGAGAGGGGCCCUUGGUUUAAAAAAUCACUGCAAAAGGAGGUGCUGCGCUUAGAGCUGGAGGAUCUGGAGCUGAAAACUGAGUUCAGUGGAAAUAGUUCACCUGAGCAGACCAAGAUAGAACUUACCUUUAAGGAACUCAGUGGUACAUUCCAGAAUGACAAAGAUCACUCAGCAUCCAGAUUCUUACGUGUAUCACAUGCUAUGGAGGAGAACAUGACCACUUCUGACAGUGGCAAAUUUGAUUGGCCUAGAGUGGUCCUGAAGGUGAACCCCAUGGUUGUGCACUCCAUAUUGGAGCGGGUUACGGCUGAAGAAGAGGAGGAAGGAGCUGAAGGACAUUCGCAGGAGGAAGAGGAGGAGGAGGAAGGAGCUGCGCACUCUUUGAAGGAUGUGUGUGAUUUUGGUAAACCUGAGCCGUCCCCCUUUUCCUCACGACGUGUCAUGUAUGAGAAUGAAGAAAUGGUCAUCCCAGGAGAUGUACUGGAGAUGACGGAAUUCCAGGAGAAAACCAUGAGCAACUCCCGUUACAUUCUUGAACUGUUUUUCCCCAAUGUGCAAAUAUCAUUACCUAAUAAGGCCUUCUAUGAGAAACUACACAACAGGAUCAACAAUGAUCUGCUGUUAUGGGAGCCCACAGCCCCAUCGCCAGUGGAGACGGUGGAGAGCAUGCCUUAUGGUGGUGGCCUCUCUGUAGCCAGCCAGCUAAUCAACACCUACAGCAAGGAUAGCUUCAGUCAGUUUAGAUCUCUUGGCCCUGAGGAAGACGAAAGUGGUUCGGAAGAGGAGACUCUAGCAUACUGCACUCCAGCUGAGCUCGGUUAUAGGAACAUGAAGAAGAGGAAGAAUAAGAUGCAGUCUAAGAACUCGCAGAGCCUGUUCUCUGUUCUGCUAACUGUCAAUCACUGUCUUGUAGCGUUGCAUACAGAGUCUAAGCAAUCGGAUAAAAGUGUGCUGAAGAAUAAACAUGGGGAGUUCUGGAUGGAGGUGAAGAAUGGAGUUGUGUUCAGCGUGACACAGUACGAAGGUUAUAAAGACCAGCACUAUGUCUGUUUCCACACCUCUACAAUCUGCCUUUAUCAUCAAGGCACAGUAGAAGGAGAUGUCCCUGUGUGGGACAUGAAGUUGCCCUGUAGGAUGCACCCUCACUGGUUGGAGCCUGUGUUGUACGUGUGUGAGUCUGCAGCAGAAAGAGCGUCUCCCUCAGAAGGACUGAGUGUGGAGCCCCAAAGUAUGCUCUCCCUUGCCCUCAAGAUUUCUUCUCAGAGUGCUGAGCGCAAUGUAAAGGAGUUUCUGCUUGCUAUUGGAGUGAGAGCAGCCACAUUUCAGCAUAGAGUUGUGCCUUCUAGUCUCGGUUGGUAUGACCAGAUAGUAGAUUUUCUGAAUGUGUCAGAUGAGCCUGUGCUUGGCUAUACGCCGCCAUCCUUUCUUACGACCCUCCAUCUACACCUGUGGAGCUGCUCCCUGGAUUACAGGCCAUUGUAUCUGCCUGUGAGAUCUCUGCUCACAGUAGAGACCUUCAGUAUCUCCAGCAGUGUGUCUUUGGACCACUCCUCCUCCUGUCUCAGAAUCAUUCUUGAUGAAGCAGCACUGUUUCUGUCUGACAGAAGUAACGCUGUGUCUGUCAACCUGGCUCGAGACUAUGUGCAGGUGGUAGACAUGGGAACUUUAGAGCUCAGGAUCACAGCAGUCAAACCUGGCACAGAUGGGGAGAGAACAGAACCAAGGUUUGAGUUGCGCUGCUCAAGCGACGUCAUUCACAUCCGAACCUGCUCGGACUCUUGUGCUGCACUUAUGAACCUCAUCCAGUACAUUGCCAGCUAUGGAGACCUGCUGCCUCCAUCCAGGCUGGAGAGCAAGGGUGGCAGCACCAAACAAAGAGCAAAGGUGGAGUUAUUGAGCAAGCCCCAGUCCCAUGGUCCUCUGCUUCCUGACGCUGAGCAGCAGAUGCUGCAGGAUCUGAUGAGUGAUGCCAUGGAGGAAACCGACUCACUACAGAGUCACACCUUGCAGUCCAAUGGUGUACAUGUGGAUCAAACAAGUGAUCAAGACCCACCACUUUCUGAUCUCUUCCUCUUCCCCGAUGAGAGUGGCACUGUGGGCCAGGAUCCUUGCCAAGCCUACCCCAUACUGCAUUCACCCCUCAUCUCCCCUCCUGGCCCCAGCACACACCAUGACUCUGAUGACUUCUGCAUCCUGGACACUCCAGGCUUUAGAGCAAUGGGAAGAGAUGAAGAGCCAGUGGUAAAGAAGUUGACCUCCGAGCCCAUUUUGGUGCUGGACAACCAUUUUUGUGAGCCUCUAGAGGGCAGCACUUCUAGCAGGGGCCCACUGAACUUUCCUGUGCCUGAAGUCAGGUACCUGGUUAAGGAGAUCUCCGUGAUCUGGCACCUUUACGGAGGAAAGGACUUUGGCAGCGGACUUCUCUCAUCCUCUCCAGCCCGCAGUCGAGGGUGUACUCCUCACAGCUCCCCCUCUCAAACACCAGUAAGGCAGGCUCGCAGUGACUCCCGCUCUGGGGGAGGUUUGGGCAGGAAUCCAGAUGUGUUGAUGGAGAUCCAGCUCAGCAAGGUACGGUUCCAGCAUGAAGUCUACGCCCCGAUAGGCCCAGAGACCGGUACAGUGGCUGAACAGCCGGUAUCCAGACAGGUAUUCUCAGUGCAGGACCUGGAGAUACGAGACAGACUGGCCUCCUCCAUGAUGAACAAGUUUCUUUAUCUGUACUCCAGCAAAGAGAUGCCCAGGAAAGCCCACUCCAACAUGCUAACAGUGAGGGUAUUGCACAUGCGUCCAGAGGGAGGUCAGGCUCCACAAGAGUGCUGUCUGCGUGUUUCCCUUAUGCCACUUCGUCUCAACAUUGACCAGGAUGCUCUGUUCUUUUUGAAGGAUUUCUUUACCAGUCUGGCUACAGAUGUAGAGCUCUUCUCCCCUCCAGAACAGGAGGCAUUGUGUAUAUCCGUGAAAAAGCCAUCUGGCCCAGAGGUGGCAUGCACAUUUGCUAAAUCCAGUGGAGGAGCAGGUCAAGGCUCUGCACCAAUCAUCUCUGUGCCCACUCAAACCCGUGCCAGUCAGAAUGGACUUGAGCAUGAGUCUGCUGCCACAUCUUGUACUGACCAGCCUAUUUUCUUUAGAGAGUUCAGGUUCACUUCUGAGGUGCCAAUCCGACUGGAUUAUCAUGGGAAACACAUGGCCAUGGAGCAGGGUACUUUUGCUGGUAUAGUAAUUGGACUGACCCAGCUGAACUGCUCUGAGCUGAAACUACGGAGACUCUGCUACAGACAAGGACUGUUGGGUGUAGAUAAGCUCUUUUCUUAUGCCAUUAAUGAGUGGCUCAGUGAUAUUAAAAAGAACCAAUUGCCUGGACUGCUUGGUGGAGUUGGGCCCAUACACUCCUUGGUGCAGCUUGUCCAGGGCAUUAGGGAUCUAGUGUGGCUGCCUAUAGAGCAAUAUCGGAAGGAUGGACGUAUAGUGCGGGGAUUUCAGCGAGGCACUGCCUCAUUUGGGACCUCCACUGCAAUGGCAGCCCUGGAACUUACCAAUCGCAUGGUGCGAACCAUCCAGGCAGCUGCAGAAACAGCCUAUGAUAUGGUGUCUCCAGUGAUAGAUGAGAGAGAGUGCAAAAAGAUCAAACGGUAUUCACAUUUUCGACUGGCUCAUCAGCCUGUGGACCUCAGGGAAGGUGUGGCCAAGGCGUACAGUGUAGUGAAAGAGGGCAUCACAGAUACGGCUUUAACGAUUUACGAUACAGCCACCCGUGAGCAUGAGCAGAGGGGGAUGACCGGUGCAGUGGGCGGAGUCUUACGCCAGCUUCCUCCUGCUGUUGUUAAACCUCUAAUUGUUGCUACAGAAGCCACGUCCAAUGUGCUGGGAGGCAUGAGAAACCAGAUUCACCCAGAUGCUCGCCAGGAGGAAUCACAGAAAUGGCGUCUGGGAGAAGAGUAAUCAAAGCGAUCUUGUGCUCUUUCUGUCUAAGGCUAAUGGAGGUGCCAAACAUGGUGAAAUGUCUAAGCCAACACUACACUGUCUCGCUUGAUGGAAUCAGCUUGGCUGACUGACCUGUUGGCCCCUUGUGUCCUCAUUUUUCUGCUUACAGUUUUAUUUAAGGCCAUGCUAAUAUCUUACUGUUAGACUUGCUCUACAGAGACCAUGGCAGUAAAGCCCCAACUCCACAGCAACUGUUAAAGACUGAGGUUAACUGGAUUAACGGGAUUUUCCUUUUUUUUUUUUUUUUUUUAAAUCAGCAACCCUGGUCCCUUAUAUUUAAUGACUCAAAGGCUGCAGCACUGGAGACAUGCAUAGUUGUCUGUCUUUACUGGAGUAGAUUAACCCGGUUAGUCUGAAAACUUUCCAGUUUUGUGUCAGUAAACUUUUUCUGUAAACUGUCUUUUCUUUCCCCACCAAGGAUACUUUCACAUGUAGUGAAACACAGAUCUGUUAUGUGAUAUGUAAUGCAACAUUAGUCUGGAAUUCAUGCAGCUUUCACGUCUGUCCAGCUCCACAUUCAUCAUGAUCUUGGCUGCAAAUCAUUGGUAUCAGACAAAUCUUGCAAGAUUUAUGUGAGUGAACUUUUUGAGUGUUACUGUAGAAUGAACAGGGCUCUGCCAGGCUUUUGCGAGUGUGUUACUUUUACACAGCGAGUUAUAGGCUGUGUGUUGCAUUAAAACCCCAUUUUUACUCUGAGCGAUCCAACAUUAAACAAAGUGACAUGCAACACAUGCCGCAAAUAACUAACGUUAUUCAUCCAGCUUUGAAAAGCUCAUAUUGCUCAGAAGUAAGAAGAGGAAGGAAGUAGUGAGACUGUUUGUUUUAAAAGGUGAGAUUAAUCAUGUGAAGUAAGAUCAACUUAAAUUUCUUUCAUUUGGUUGUAAUUCAUGUCAUAUCGUUUAACAUCGCUGUUAAGGUGUAAGGUGCUCUUUUCCCAAAUGCAUGCUCAAUUUUGAGAGCAUUUUUGUUGUUGUUUUUUGUUUUUGAGCCUUGCAGGCAUUGAAAUCUGUCAGAUUUUAUUUUUAUUUAUUUAAAAACUAUGAUUUGUAUUGUUUCGUGGCUAAGUAAUGGUAACUGAUUAAUCUUUUAAACAUUCUGUUUGUCAGUGGCGUUGGCCAAAUCAUCAUUGUUCUGUGUAUACCGGUUAGUUCAGGAGCAUGAUAUCCUAGAUAAUCAUAACAAUCUGAAUAUUGCCCAGAAGACAUAUAGUGACCUCAUAGGAUUAUUAUAAAAUGUUCAUUCAUAUAAUUCCCUUUAAUACUGACAGUAAAAAAGAGAUAUAUUAGGAUAUGUUUUCACUUUUAUUUUUUGUCCAAAUAUAGUUGGAAUUUUUGUGUUAAAUGCCAUUAUUUCCUUAAUACAAGGAAUAAAAAUAAAAGGGAAUUUAAAGGGAAAAUUUAAAUGGAAAAGACAGUUUCUGACUGGCCACUUAUAUUAUGUCCUUUUGUUUUUAAAUCUUGAUAAGUCAUCUGAUGAAUAAUUUCCCCCAUGUGCUGGUUUCUGCUAUAAGAUUACUUGAUUAAAUUGUUAAAGAUUUAUGAUAAAGGAGCGCUUGCCUAAAAUAUGUCUAUUUUAUACGUGCUUAAAAAAAGAGAGUCAGACUGUGUGUUUUUCAUAAGCACUUUCAAUUCAACUUAUCUGCAAAGAAGUUGGUGUUUUUUGGUGAGCUGCUUAAGAUUGUUUGCUUUUGUGACAUUCCCUAGCAUCUGUAUCACAAAAGAAGUCUUAUGGAAAUAACCUUUAAACCAUUCUGAUUUAGCAUUUGCACAUAACAAAAUUUCAUCACUGUAAGAAAUGAAACAAAUAUAACAUUCACAUUUAUGCAUAUCAAAUGUUGAAUAUAUGUGUAUAGAUUGUGUGGUGGUUCAUUAUACAGAUGCUCUUGGGAUUAAAUUUUUUUUUUUUGUGAGUGACAUUUGGGAAACUGAUACCUGCAACACAUUUGCUUCAUAGCCGAGAGAAACUGACUUCCCAACCGCCCCCCCGCUUUCAUAUAUGUAAAAUUAAUUUGUGCAGUUUACAUGAAAGCAUGAGUUAUCUAUAAUAAAUGGUUUAAUGUCCA